ACACAUCAUUCCUCAUACACAGUCUAAUACUUGUUGGGAUGUGCAUGGAUGAUUUUCUUCAUGAUUCAUGUGGAGAGAUCACAUGAAGCCUGAGGGAUGGAUUACCUAUAAAAACGACAAUACUUAGCGGGGAAGCUCUCAGUUUCAGGGAGCAUUUUAGUUAGCUCAUCUCGGUCUCUUUUCUCAUUUACCCGGUGUUACCUAAUAAGUUGGAAAGAAUGAAGUCUUGUGUACUCAUUGCAACCAUCUGCCUUCUGCAGUUUGCCUGUGGGGGUGUAGUUCGACGGGAUGCCCCUGCUGAGGUGGCGACAAGGAGUCCCAUUGCAGAGUUAUCAAAUGCCGCCGAAGAGGCUGUUGGAAAAUUUCAUUCAGCUUUCAUGGAUCUCUUUGGUGUGAAGACAAAUGAUGAAUUAGUUGAUUUAGUUCGUGAUCAAUCGAGGCAAUAUGCCACGAAAUUGCAAGAUAUCAUGGGAGAAUUAACGACAACGGUGGGAAGUCAAUCUGGAAAAUUCGACGGAAUCAUCAAGGAUGUUAAGGAUAAACUUGGAGAGACAGUUCGCGAGCUUGAGGCUAAGAACCCAGAAUUCUUUGCUGACACGAAGAAGGCUCAAGAGAAAUUUGAAACUCAACUCAGAGCUGUUCUUCAGGAGACUGAGCGCCUCAGUGAGAAACUGAAGAAGGAUGGUGCCGAGGUUGGUGGUCAAUUGCAGGAAGUGACUAAGCAACUCUACCAGACAACCGCUGACACUGCUAAAGUCUUCUCACAGCAGGUGGAAAAUGUCGUAAAGGAGCAAAAGAAUAAACUCUAAGAAUUAUUAAACUACCCACAUACACAUUUUUUCAUCAAAAGACGAUUUUUUCCAAAUAAAAUUCAUAUUUGAAAGGAGAA